AUGGAAACUCAUCUUGUUGGUAGCAUUAAUAUUGAAUCUGAUAUCUCAGAAGCAACGUUAUAUUUAAAAAAUCAAGGAUAUCAAGUUGAACAUUACCAUAUAUCUUCGCGUUCCACUCAAG